AUGUUGCUCAAGUCAGCCGCUCUCGUCUGCCUCCUGGCUGAGCUCGGUCUCGCGCGCCAUCACCAGCACCCCAAGCGCCAGGUCGCACCCUCCCCGAUCUUGUCGAGCAUCAGCAUCCCGCCCCCUCCCUCGACGGGAACUGGCGCUGCCGGCGCCGCCCCCGGUACGGGUGGUCCGACGGGCAUCUUCCUCAACACCUCGAUCCCCGUUGCCACCCCUCAGGUCACGACCCUCACCGAGGUAGCAACCGUCACCUCUACCCUCGAGAACAAUGCCACCGUCACCGAGGUCAUCACCACCGAGCGCACCGUUACCGCUUCCGCCCCUGCCGUCAUCCAGCAGCCCCAGAUCAUCAUCAUCUCCCAGGUCACCUUCUUCCAGUUCAUCUCCGCCCUCGGUGGCGCCCCUCCCGCCGUUCAGCAGGGUGAGCAGGGCGGCUUCGUCGUCGGCGGCCAGCAGUUUGGCCAGUUCCAGUCCGCCUGCAGCGCCGCCUGUGGUAUGCAGUUCACCCAGUGCCAGAGUAUCGCCGGACAGAACUUUGCCAUCUCUCAGUGCCAGACCCAGCUUGUCAACUGCCAGAACGCCGCAAAGACCGCCACCGUCACCGUCUCCGUGCCCGUGACUGUCACCCAGACCGUCAUCCUUCCGAGCGGCCCAGUCUCUGGAGGAAGCAGCCUGCCCUCUGCCACGCUCGAGAACGGCGGCUCCGUCAUUGCCACCACCACUCUGCCCCCUGACUCUGGCGCCACCAUCGGAUCCGGAGGCGUCAGCUUCGUCACCGUCCCCGCUACCCCUGCUGCUCCUCCUUCUCAGACGCCCGCCGCCCCUGAGACCCAGGUCUUGACCACCACUCUCCCGGCCAACCCCGACUCGCCCUCCGGCUCCCCCAUCGUCUCCGUGAUCACCAUCACCCGCCAGCCCGGUUCUGAGCCUUCUGUCACCGGCGGUGCCUCCGAGCAAGCCGGCUCCGUCGAGACCUCCGCAGUCGUUUCCACCCUUCCUCCCCAGUCCGAGGGCGGCGCCCCCGUCGUUUCCACCAUCUACAUCACCAAGACUGCCGGUGUUCCUGUUGCUUCCGGCACGGCUGUCAGCUCCGUCGACGCAAUUGCCAGCGGCUCCGUCCAGACCUCUGCCGUCGUGUCGACCCUCCCUCCCAAGUCCGAGGGCGGCGCACCCAUCGUCUCGACCAUCUACAUCACUAGAACCGGUGGUGGCGAUGCCCCUGCUGCUUCCGGUACCGCAGUCAGCUCCGUCGAUGCCGUGGCUUCCUCCGCCGUCAUCACCACUCUCCCCGCCCAGUCCGAGGGAGGUCAGCCCAUCGUCUCGACAAUUUACGUCACUGCCCAGCCUCCCGCUCCCUCCAACGAGCCCGGUGCCUCCGGACAGGGCGGCGAGGUCGUCACUUCUGCCAUUGAGACCACGCUUCCUCCCCAGAGCGCCGGCGGCUCCGCCAUCAUCAGCACAGUCUACGUGACCGCCACCGUCCCCGCGGCCUCGGCCUCCGCUUCCGCAUCCAUCUCCCGCCCAGCUGAGCCCCCCCGCCCCAACGAGCCCAAGACCUCCGUCAUUACAAUGACCCUCGCCCCUCCCUCCGGCUCCCCCGUCAUCUCCCUUGUCACCGUCACAAUCCAGCCCACCGCAGGCCCCUCGGGCUCCGGCUCACCCCCGGCCCAGACUGAGGGCACCACCCCGCCCCGCGUGACAACAGUCUACGUGACCGCCCAGCCUCCCGCCCCAACCUCCGCCCCCGCCCCUCCCCGCGUCGUCACAGUCACAGUCGGCUCCCUCACCGGCGUCGUCACAAUCAGCGACGCAGCCCAGAGCUCCGCCUCCGGCACCACCAUCGCCUCGGCUCUCCCCAGCGCCGGUGCGGGCGGUAACACCGGUGGCAACGGAGGCAGCGGCGGCAACGGCGGAAGCAACAACGGCGGCGGCGGUAACGGUGGAAGCGGCGGCAACGGAGGCAGCGUCGGCGGCGAGAGCGGCGGAAGCUGCCCCUCAGCCGCGCCCGUCACCGUCACCGUCAGCGCGUGCCCCACCGCUCCCGUCACCUCCGUCCUGACCCAGACCGUCUCGGUCGUGCCCACGUCCACCCCGGCUGCCGUCAAGCGCGCCGAGGAGGGCAAGCGCGACGCCGUCUACCACCCCCGCCGCCACGGCCACGCCUUUGGCUUCUGGUAA